GAACAUUUGACUUCGCGUGCUGCGAAUGGUGUGGAGCAAAUUUGACAGAAGCGGUUCUUCGUGAAAUUUUUCGGGUUAGUUUUUGUUUACGGGAGAGCGAUAAAAAUGGUUUCAGCGUCGACUGGAUCAAUUGACCGCACGAAGAUAAAAUGGUAUCGUCGACGCCCAAUUUUGCUGAAAGCAUAUUUUACAGAUCUGCAAAAUGGAAGUUACAUCGCAGCUGUAUAUUCCAUGGUACAGAGCUUCUUUAUGAUUGUUUUAGCAGUUUUUGACGUUUAUUGCCUAGCUGAAGCAGCACCAGGUUCAAUCCACUAUCGCUAUUUUGGCAUCAGUUUCCUCUUUGUGUACAGCGGAAAUAUGCACAUUCGAAAUGUUUUAAUACUUUGCUCCGUAAUAUCGUUCAUCCUCUCUGUGUGCCUAAUCAUAGCAUCUGUCAUUCUGAUGAGAGCUCUAAAGAAAGAAUUUGAAGGAAAAUUCCGUCCAUGGCUUCUUUGUAUGCUGGUGUUUACAGCUUGGAGAGCUAUUGCUAUAUUUUAUAGAUCUGUUGUAAAUGAUUUAUACUUCAGUUAUCAUCAAGCAAUGUUAGUGAUAUGGAUUUUAUUGAUAGCUGGAAAUGUUUUUGUGUGGUUCAUUGUUUUAUCAAAUUAUCAAGAACUUGCUGAUAUCACGAGGCUUGAAGAUAUGGCUAAAUUAAAGAUGGGAACAAUGAGCAGCCUUAACCAGUCUCAUUCAUUAUCUCGGCAUUCUGUAGAUUCAGUCAAACAGCAUUCAUCUUCAAGGCAUUCCGAGGAUUCUGUUAAACAUCAACCUAAUACAAGAUCAACAACACCAAAAAGCUCAGCUUCAACUUAUUCUGCAUAA